AUGGAUGCCACAGUGGAUUCUGUGCAGGCAGAUUUGCAAUCCUUCCACUUUGGCGAGAAGAAAAAAAAGAGGCGUGACCAUAAAGAAUCAUCGGAUCAAGUAAUUAUUGAUGGCACUGGCCAAGUGUUUGAAAAAGAUGCCAUUUACCCCUAUGAAGAGUUAUUAACACGUAUACAAACACUAAUAUCUAAUCAUUCGGUUGAUCUUUCUGGUAACAAGAGAUAUACUAUUAAACCACCCCAAGUCGUUAGGGUAGGAUCUAAAAAAGUUGCCUGGAUAAACUUCAAAGACAUUUGUCAAAUAAUGAACCGAAACCAAGAUCAUGUCCAUCAGUUUGUGCUUAGUGAAUUGGGCACUGAAGGUUCUAUCGCCGGUGAUGGCCAACUUGUACUUAAGGGCAAAUAUGGCCCGAAGCACAUUGAGGCACUUCUGCGUAAAUAUAUUACUGAAUAUGUAACCUGCCAAAUGUGCAAGAGCCCCAAUACUACUAUGGAAAGGGACAGUAGAAUUAGACUGUUUAAUCAACACUGUGAAGCAUGCGGGGCCUAUAGAACUGUCACAACAAUUAAGAGUGGGUUUCAUGCUUUGGGGCGGGGUGAAAGGAGGAAAGCAAAGGUUUAG